CCCAAGGAAGAAAUAUCAACGAAACAAAGCGAGAGAGAGAGAGGAGAUGAAGAGAAUUCCGCGUAUUAGAUUUCCCCAGAGACACUCCAAAUCUUCAUCCUCUCCACCUUCUUCAGCAGGAGGAUCAAGUGGGUCUCCGGCGGCGGUGGAGGAUCGUCGGCGAAAUGUGACGGCGAGUUCGGAAGUUCCGGCGCCGCCGAAGAACACUGCUGUCGGAGGCAAAGCUUCGGUUCAGCCCAAACGCACUCCUCUCUCCGACAAGGAGAUAGAAGCCAUAAUGCUGGGAGGUUGUUUCUGAGGAUGGUUUCAUGGAGUUGGAAGGCUUUGUUCAUCCUCCGAAUAAAUAAAAUAUUAAAUCCAGUCUGUGUCUUA